AUGUGUUGUGAACACAAGGAUGAAGAGGAGCCUCAGCAGAAGAAUGAAUGUAUGUCUGAGGAGAAACUGAAUGAGAAUGGUGAGAAUGAUGUGUGUGUUCCUGAGAAUGUGAACUCUGAACUGGAGGAGAUAUCAAAGGUUCCUAAAGUUCACUGUGUUCAUACUUAUGUGGCACUUUUCAAGUUUCUCCCUCAAGAGUUAAAUGAUCUUGAGCUACAUCCAGGUGACAGAGUUCAGGUGAUCGACGAUUCUAAUGAAGAGUGGUGGAAGGGUAAAUGUGGUGAUAGAGUUGGAUUCUUCCCAGCUAAUUUUGUGCAGCGAGUGCAUCCAGGUGAGAGAGUCUGGAAGGUGACGCAAGGUGUCCAUGGCAACAAGGAGCUGGGUCACAUGACUGUGAAAGAGGCUCAGUUCCAGGCAUCCAGGGAGCAUCCAGCCACCAGACAACACAGUCCUCAUUUUAGGUCCAGUAUAUCCUCCUCAGGCCCAUCAUCAACUGCCCAUUCAUCUGAAUGA